UCCCGGCCGGAGUGUCCCGUCGAACACGAACGGACGGGCAGUCAUGAAGAAGCCGGUGCGCGGACGCGGAGGACAAAGCACCAGCACCAUCGUCACUGCCUCCACGUCUUACACCACCGCGACAAAAAAUUCACAGGCGGAAGCGUCGACUCCAAGUGAAAAAAAACCGGACUUGUACGACGACGACGAGGAAUACCAGGGCUUCGGUGGGUGGUUGCGCACUGGCGAGGGGGUCGAGUACAUGAAAAUUUUCGUCGUUUGCAACACAUUCAUGGUGGUACUGACAAUGGCGUGGCCGCACCUUAAGAACGUCUUCACCAUCGCCGUCGAGUACUGGAACGAGCAGUGAGAAGAAGAAAAAACGAAAACAUGCACGGGUUGAUGAUAGUGAAGGGUUUCAUGACGAUGUCAAUCGUAGUGUGGUACUCGGCUGGAGUGUGGCGGCUGCUGAACGGCUACUUCAACAACGCCUACAAGGACCACCUGGAGCAGAAGAUGCGCGAGCACGAGAUCCUCCGCAGGACCGUCCUGCAGGCGCAGCCCCCACCGCCUCCGCUGCCCCUCGAGGACCUGCAAAAACUGAGGCCCCACAUUGAAGGCUCUCGAUCCGCAUUCCUGGACGCGGAGGACGAGGACGUGUGUCCGGUGCAGCCGCCACAAGACUCCGGCGGCUGCGGAGGCCCACCAAGUGCAACCGCCGAGCCGCUGCCACCCUAAUCCACUUUGAGCCUCUUGUCUCUAAUCGGAUCAAAGAAUUUAUUAUUGGUGCUCGUAAGGAGCCUCCAAGGACUCUAAAUAAAUACGCUUUUAAGUAAUCAUGUUAACGGCCACGGGCCACGACUCUUGUCUGUGUGAAGUUUAACUAGGAAUUUAACUGUGCUGACCAAUGGGGAAUAAAUUUAAAUAUUUUAGCUGUCAAUAUUAAUUUAAAUUGUAAUUGAUAGCAAAAAUCCACGGUCCAACCUACCCUAAUAACAUAUUUUUUCGAGUUUGAAUUGGUCAUUUCAUUAUAAUUUCAUUUGAAUUCGGUCGGUGUGUGAUGUUUCCUUGUAAAUAUAAAAUUGCACGAAAUGAGCUGGAAAAUUGCCCUGUUAAAAUUGUAAUUUGCUUUAAUUAAAAUCAUUUUUCGUAUUUUUAUCCCCUUA